AUGGGGGGCAGCCUGCGGGUGGCCGUGCUGGGCGCCCCGGGCGUGGGCAAGACGGCCAUCAUCCGCCAGUUCCUGUUCGGUGACUACCCUGAGCGCCACCGGCCCACUGACGGGCCGCGACUCUACCGGCCUGCGGUGCUGCUCGACGGCGCCGUCUACGACCUGAGCAUCCGUGACGGCGACGGCGCUCGCCCGGGUCAGAGCCCCGGGGGUCUAGAGGAGCGGCCGGACCCUAAGGACUGGAGCUUGCAGGACACGGACGCCUUCGUGCUCGUCUACGACAUCUGCAGCCCGGACAGUUUCGACUACGUGAAGGCACUGCGGCAGCACAUCUCGGAGACCAGGUGGGAACGCCGCCGGAGGCCGGCGGGAGCACCCGAGGUGCCCAUUCUCGUGGUUGGCAACAAACGGGACCGGCAGCGGCUGCGCUUCGGGCCUCGGCGCGCGCUGGCCACCAUGGUGCGCAGGGGCUGGCGCUGCGGCUACCUCGAGUGCUCGGCAAAGUACAACUGGCACGUGCUGCGUCUCUUCCGCGAGCUGCUGCGCUGCGCUCUAGUGCGCGCGCGCCCUGCGCACCCAGCCCUGCGCCUGCAGGGGGCGCUGCAUCCGGCGCGCUGCAGCCUCAUGUGACUGAAUUGGACGACGACGGGGUGGGGAGGGGCAGUUUAAUUGGAGCAACCAUGGACCUGGACUGGACGAGAUUGCCCAGUUUCUCUUGGAUUGGACAGAACAAAGUCUCCUCCCUGAUUGUGUAAGGAAACCUCUCAUACAGUCUUCUGGGCUGCAGGACUCUUUGAGCCUCAUUGGACCCAGCCAGGCCCCAAGCCAAGCCCCAAGCUCCACUGGACAAGCUCUGUUGGGCCACCACCCCAUUGGAUGGAGGGGACAUGGCUCUGAAUCUGAUUGGGAGCUAGCAGACUGCUCCUGGAGCUUCAUUGGACAAACUGUUAAGUCACACCUCUCAGGAGGUAAUAAAAAGGGAAAUAAUUAAG